AUGGACAACUCGCCACUCAACAAGCUGUCUCCCGAGCUGCUCAACACCAUUGCGGGGAUGGCUCUUACGCAUGAUGGAGACGUCAUUCUCUCGGGCUACCUCAAGACACCGAACGCUGCAGCUUUGACACAGACGUGCAAGAAAAUGCGUGAGGAUUACGUUCGGCUGUUCUUUUACAGCAACACCUUCAAACACGUCACCCGCAAAGGUAGUUUGCUAGUUACCCUUCAUAUCUGCCCUUAG